UGUUUCAUAGCCCAUAGAAAGAUGCAUAGCGAGUCAGCGGCGGCGGCGCUGACCGACUAACCGUAUAAGUUGGGAAAGAUCGGAAAAACUUUGAAACUUCCACGGAGUUAUUACUUAUUAGGUUUUCGGAGACUACCGCUGUGGUUCCGAAUUCGAUCUCCGAUAAAACCCAAUUCGCGUACCUAUCAAUCAGAAAGGCAUUCAUUUUGGAGUUUUUGGGAGCUUGAGAGAUGGCAAGUGGAUUUGGGGAAUCAACAACGAGUGUGCCACAGCAAAACCCGUCUUGCUCAAGCAAUAACGUCAAUGACGCGGGCGAUUUUGAAUGCAAUAUCUGCUUUGAUUUAGCUCAAGACCCAAUUGUUACACUUUGCGGCCACCUCUUCUGUUGGCCAUGUCUAUAUAGAUGGCUCCACCAUCACUCUCAUUGCCAGGAAUGCCCGGUUUGCAAGGCCGUCAUUCAAGAGGAGAAAUUGGUUCCUCUAUAUGGAAGGGGCAAAACACAGAGUGACCCACGAUCAAAAUCGUAUCCAGGUAUUGACAUUCCUAACCGUCCGGCAGGGCAACGGACCGAAACUGCUCCUCCUCCUCCCCCGGAAGCAAAUCAGUUUAACUUUAGCAAUCAUGGCUUUGGAUUUAGGGGGGGGUUUGGGCCAAUGGCGACGGCUAGGAUUGGUAACUUCACGCUGGCUACUGCUUUUGGUGGUCUGAUUCCGUCCUUAUUAAAUAUUCAGUUUCAAGGCUUCCCGGACGCAACUGUGUAUGGACAGACUUCUGGGUUUCCCUAUGGGUUUAGUACGUAUCAUGGGGCCCAUUCUCUCAGGUUCCACCCACCAGCCCGUCGAGGACAGCAUGCUGAUGUUGUUUUGAAGAAUCUUCUUUUGCUGAUUGGCAUCUUUGUCAUCGUUGCUCUACUUUGUUGGUAAUUUGUUUUUACCUCUCAAACUUAAACUUAUGAUGGUUUUAUACAGUGGUCAAUGUAAUGUCUGCAAUCUGUACAUACAUUGGCAGCUUGAUGACUUCAUUUCGUGAUUGUCAAUUCGGUGUUUUUGAAAUCUAAAAGGUGGACUUGUAUGCUUUUCUUAA